ACCGCAUUAGCUCAGCGCGGGUCGGGCAUCUAGUUUUGGCAGCGGGUGCUGUCGCUGAUAGUCCGGACCCCGACUCCGCAGAACUUGGAAGUCUUGCUGCCUCGACGGCGUGGGGUGCUGGGGUGGAUGGCGUAGCCGAGCCCAGUGACCACCCCAGGCCGAAGAGCGGUCAGUGCUGUAUAUGUUGUAUACCCCGUCGCGACUUAAUCAGCGGCGGCGACCUCGGCGAGGCGCCGAAAGCCACGCGCCAUUGUGACGACGGCCCGCAGCCUGACGAACGCUUUGGCAGAGAUGACAAUCUCGCGGCUCCGGUAUUGGCACGGAGCCGCAUCAAUGCCUUCGGUUGUCUGGAGAUGGUGAGGUGCCUGGCUGGUCACUGGCUGGCAACUGAACUGGCUGGUCACGACCGCCUGCCGACAUGUAUAAAAACACGACGACCGUCGCCAUCAUGAGCUGUUUGAACUUGUCUUCAUCCACCAGCGCCUCUUGCCUCUGCCUGCCUCUUGGACCGAGUCGACCUGUCAACACCAACUUCAAGCUGCUUCUUGAACCACCGCAACCAUGCAGUUCAACGUCAAGUCCGCCUUUACGGCUGCCACCCUCUUUGCGGCCUCCAUGGUCAGCGCCGACUCCUUCCCAUUUGAGCGCAUCAACAAGAACGACUCGAUGCUCGUGAUCCUGGACCUCCAGGUCGGCCUCUACAGCCUGGCCCGCGACUUUGACGCCACGCUGUACAACAACGCCAUGCUGGCGCACGCCGAGCUCGGCAAGGUAUUUGGCCUGCCCGUCGUCAUGACCAGCUCGGCCGAGACGGGCCCCAACGGCCCCCUGGCCAAGGAGAUCCUCGACAUGUACCCCAACGUGUCGGUGGUCAAGCGCAACGGCGAGGUGGACGCGUGGGACAACGCCGAGUUCCGGGCCGCCGUCGAGGCCACGGGCAAGAAGCAGGUCAUCAUCGCCGGCAUCGUCACCGACGUCUGCACCACCUUUGCCGCCCUGUCCCUGCGCGACGCCGGCUACUCGGUCUGGGCCAACGUCGAGGCCUCGGGCACCACCACGGAGCUGAUCCGCGACGUCUCCAACGACCGCAUGGCCCGCGCCGGCGUCCAGAUCGUCUCGCUCUUCAGCAUCGUCUGCGACCUCAUGCGCGACUGGCGCCUGACCCCGGGCGCCCUCGAGGUCCUGCCCUACCUGAACAAGUACUACCCGGCUUACGGCCGCAUUGCCGCCGCCCACGUUGCUGCUGUCCGUAACGGCACCAUCGUCCCGGGCACCGAGAAGUUCCAGUAAGGGAUAGCUCUGCGGCAGGACGAUAGCUGCGAUAACUCGAUGCUCUGCGACGCCCUGCUAUAGCUCGCGGUAGCUAGGAUGACAGUUCGAGCGUGGGUUAGAUAGAUGGGUCGUAGACAAUACACCAACCUUUCACAAACUGGACGCAGAUGAUGAUAUCGU